CUCCUCUUGUCUGUCUCUUCUCCUCCUCCUCCCUGUCUGUCCUAUCUCUUCUUCCUCCUCUUCCUCCUUCCUCUCUUCUUCUCCAUCGCCUACUUCCUAUCUUUCUCUACCUUCUUUUCUCUUCUUCCUCCUCUUCCUCUUUCCCUUCUUCUUCUUCUCUCCUCCCCCUUCUACUCCUUCUCCUUUAUCUCCUCCUCUUUUCUGUCUCUUCUUCCUCCUCCUCCCUAUCUUUCCUAUCUCUUCUUCCUCCUCUUCCUCUCUUCUUCUCUUUCAUCUCCUACUUCCUAUCUUUCCCUGCCUUCUUUUCUCUUCUUCCUCCUCUUCCUCUUUCCCUUCUUCUUCUUCUCUCCUCCUUCUCCUUCAUCUCCUCUUCUUUUGUCUCUUCUUCCUCCUCUUCCUCCUUCCUCUCUUCUUCUCCUUCAUUGCCUACUUCCUAUCUUUCCUUAUCUUCCUUUCUCUUCUUCUUCCUCUUCCUCUUUCCCUUCUUCUCUUCCUCCCUCCUCUUUUCUGCCUCUUCUUCUCCUCCUUCCUCUCCUUUGCUUCCCUCCAUCUCUUUUCCCCUUCUCCCUCGCAUCCAUCCCUCCAUCAUCGGAAAUGUAACUUUAUCUCGGCUUCUUUAUCAAUGUCCCAAAUGAGCUUCAAUUUAAAAUAUCCACUUUUUUUUAAAGCCCCCUUAAUUGGUUGCAGAUGCCCUUUUUCCAACGUCUGCUUUGUUUCGCAAAGUUGUUUCCCCUCGAAAAGAAAUAAUCUUCAUUUAUUUCUGUUUUAGCGAAUGCAAAAACAAAACCAUUCAUGUCUUUCUAUUAAUGUUCCCUCUCUUUUUAAAGGCAGAAAACAGAGCCCCGCCAUCAUCCUCAUCAUCCUCAUCCUAAUCGCCUGGAUAAACUCUCCUUCAUCUGCGGGAGGAAAAAAAAGGCCAAGAGACCUGAUUUAUAGCUGCUGAAAGGCCCGUAUCUGCGGUCUGUAUCAAAUGGACUGCUUUCACUCCGGUUUUCCUAGAGAGGGUUGUCCGGAUGGCGACUGGUCUGAUGGGGAAACUGAUGCCGGGUCAAAGGAAGGAAGGAAGACGCAGGAAAAUGUGUGUUGCGCAGGGAUGCCCGUCCAUUGCAUUCAGUGGAAGAGACUCAAGGGGUUUCCUUCUCUUACCUGCUUUUGAUGGGAUCAGAACCCCCUUGUUACUUGGAAACACCGCCCUCCGGUGGCCGUUGGCGGCGCUGCAGGGCUUUGGGCGGAGAGCAGCCGGACCUCCUCCGGCCGGCAGGUGGCGAUGGAGAGAACCAAAGGAAGCCCAGGAAACAAAUGGCAUUUUUGGUUUGGUUCCAAAAUCUACCCAAGAAACCCACCCACCUCCCUUCCGCUUCCUUUUGCAAACGAGAGAGGCGGAAAAAGAAGCGUUUUUGCAGGAAAGAAGGAAAGGCCGGACGGACGGAGGGAGGAUGCCCUUUCUGCACGGCUUCCGGAGGAUCGUCUUCGAAUACCAGCCGCUGGUGGAUGAGAUCCUCCUGGCGUUGGGGCUGGUGGGGACGGAGCCUCAGGAGGGGCCCAAGAGGCCGAAUCCAGGCUUCCAAGCAGAAGACGAUCUCCGGCUCCGUCGCCUGGGCGACCUCUUGCGCAGGAAGUCCCGCCUCUCCUACUUCCUGGAUGGCGUCAGCUUCGCGCUGCUCAAGGUGGCGGAGCGGGGCCUCCUCCGGGCAGCCGAGACGCUCCUCAACAACGGGGCAGACGUUGCCUUCGAAGACCCGGUGACCUACUACACGGCGCUCCACGUGGCGGUCCUGCGCAACCAGCCGGACAUGGUGACGCUGCUGGUGCGGCACGGGGCGGACCUCAACCGCCGGGACCGGAUCCAUGAAAGCAGCCCCCUGGACCUGGCCAGCGAAGAGGCCGAGCGCCUGCCCUGCCUGCAACGCCUCCUCGAACUCGGGGCCACCGUCAACGCCGCCGAUAAACACGGGAAGACGGCUCUGCUCCAUGCCUUGGCCAGCAGUGAUGGCGUCCAGAUCCACAAUACAGAAAACAUCCGCCUUUUGCUGGAAGGAGGCGCAGACCCUGGGGCCCGGACGCGCGAGGGGGACUCGGCCUUCAGCCCGCUGGUGCUGCUGCUGGGGGAGUCGGCCGGGAGCUCCCCCCAGGAGGCGGAGGCCACGCAGGGCUUUUGCUUCCGGGCGGCGCAGCUGCUGACGUGCCACGGGGCCGACCCCAGCGCCUGCCCGCCCGAGGCCUGCCUGACGCUGCUCUGCCUCAAGGGCUUCCGGCAACACUUCCGCCUCCUGCGCCUGCUGAUGGAGUCGGGGGCCGCCCCCCACUGCUCCCUCCACGGGCCCUCCUGCUGGUCCGGCUUCGGGGUGCUCCUCCAGCAACUGGACCAGGACGGGAGCCACAGCGACGACCACCUCCGCAAAGCCCAGGCCGCCCUGGAGCUCAUGUUGGCCAGCGCCCCCGUCGUCUGGCUCCCGGAGAGCUUGGAGGCCGACUUGAGUGGGGGGCGCUUCCGCGGGGAGGGGCUCCAGGCGCUGGUGGGCCGCCUGCGGCCGCUGCAACACUCCCCGGCCCCACUCAAGCACCUCUGCCGGGUCUCCGUCCGGCGGCGCCUCCAGCCCUGGCCUCUGGACACCAAGGUCCAGGCUCUGCCGCUGCCCGCGCGGCUCAAGAGGUUCCUCCUCCUGGACCAGGAGGGAGAGGCCGACCACCCAGGGACCCUGGAUAGCGUCAGAGUAUUUGCAGCGCAGCCGUAGUUGGGUGGAAGCAGUGGAGCACAGAACGAAGAGACACUUGGCGACGUUGGUAAAACUAUUUACAAAGUUUUUCUGUAUCAACACAAACAGACUACAGAGAAACACAGGACUUGAUCUCUAGGCAGGCAGAACCCGACUGAACGAGACACAAUCAGUAUGCACACACACUUGUGUCUGGAUACUCCCUAGUUCCAGCCACACAUCACGGUCCUCAUAGCUUCUUAGCAAUUAAUUCUUUCCACACGAUGGUACAUUUUGGGUAAUGCAAUCAGUUGCAACACAAGCAAGAUACACAUUGCAUUUAAACACUAUCGAUACACAAAUCCCACAUUCACAGAUAUCUCGUACAGACCGAGUGGCUGUCUGCUUGCGCUUUCCGGGAGGCCUUGACCAGCCCCAGCUCUUCACUUACAGGGUCAAGGCCUCCUUUCGGAGACAACAACUUUGCAACCAAACCAACCAUUAUUUGCCAUAAGUUCUUUGGUGGAGCCAAAGCCCCAUUGGAACUUGGUUAGGCCAUUCAAAAUUAAGCCUUGUCCCCCGUUCAGAUGAUUUUCAUUUGAAUAUUUUUUAUAUAAAAUAGAGCCCAAUAAUAGCAAUACAGUAGAGUCUCACUUAUCCAACGUUCUGGAUUAUCCAACACAUUUUUGUAGUCGAUGUUUUCAAUACAUCGUGAUAUUUUGGUGCUAAAUUCGUACAUACAGUAAUUGCUACAUAGCAUUACUGUGUAUUGAACUCCUUUUUCUGUCAAAUUUGUUGUAUAACAUUGUUUUGGUGCUUAAUUUGUAAAAUCAUAACCUAAUUUGAUGUUUAAUAGGCUUCUCCUUAAUCUCUCCUUAGUAUCCAACAUAUUUGCUUAUCCAACAUUCUGCCGGCCUGUUCACGUUGGAUAAGCGUGAUAUUGAUAUUAUUGGGCUCUAUUUUAUAUACAAAAAUAUUCAAAUGAAAAUAUUGUGCCAAUACUGGGACGUCAAGUGGCCUUAUUUUCCAAACGUGGACGUCUCCUUGUUUUUAUAUUAUUGUCAGCGAAGAACUCUAGUCCCAGUGAUGCAGAAGUUGAAGGAAGGAAAGGUCUUUCCGGUGGGGUGGUUGUGUGUUUUCUGGACUGUGUGGCCAUGUUCCAGAAGCAUUCUCUCCUGACGUUUCGCCCACAUCUAUGGCAGGCAUCCUCA